CCUCUCCCUCCGGCCUCAGCUCACUUCCCAAUCUGCCACCUUCCUACAAAACGCGCGUUCGCUCGUCUUCGUCUGCUCGCCCGCCAUGAUCAACAGGACGCUCCCCUACUGCCUCGAGGACCGCACUGGCCAUUACAUGGGCACAGAUUUCGACGAGAUCUACGACCGCCUCUUCCUGCGCAUUGCACGACCUAGUCCCUCACAAGUCCCCCACUCUUCAGAGACGACGCUCAUGAUCUACAACACGGGCCGUCGGUCGUCCAGCCAUCGCUUGUCGCGUCCCCCCUCGCGCGAGCCGUCUGCUAUCCUAGACUUCGGCCUCAAUGGCACGCUUGGGACUAUCUGGUUCGCCGAGUCGGGCGUGUCCAUGCCCAUAGGGCAGUACCUGAGGAAGACGUCUAUGUUCGCUGGUUCGCUAUCACGCAAGUUCACAGCAAUGAACGGGGAAGAGUACCGGUGGAUCCACCGCGCGGUCAAGGAUUACGAGUGGUCGUGCGUUGACUCGCGCGAUUAUGUCGUCGCGCACUACCACCUGAAACCCCCUGAAAAACCCGCUUACAACACCUCGGGCAACGUCUUGACCAUCUACGAGCCGUUUACGCACCUUUCGAUUGAGAUCCUUGCCACUCUGACGAUCAUGCGGCACCUGGCCGCCGGGAAGUACUGAAACAUACCCGCGCCCCGACUAUACCUAAUCAAUCGCGAACGCAUUGGCGCCCCGCACCGAGGCCGAAUAGCCCCCACCCGCCAGAGCGGAUGUAACACCAUCGCAUGGAAGUACCCUAAUACGCAUUUGCUUGUAGCGCUAUUGUUAUUAUUUUGUGCUCCUUCGAUGGACUCCAUAGAGACCGUCUGUACUCAUCAUGUACUUGUAUCGGGAUACUGCAUUAUGUC